GGCGGAGCUCGGAACUUCCCGCUACGCCAUGGGCCUCCGGCUGCGACUCUGGCUCCUCCUCCUGCUCCACCUGCUGCGGGCGCAGGCAGCACCCCGGUCCUUCGUGGUGGAUCGGGGGCGGGACGUGUUCCUCUUGGAUGGAGUCCCGUUCCGCUACGUGUCAGGCAGCGUGCAUUACUCCCGGGUCCCCCGCCAGCUUUGGUCCGACCGGCUGCAUAAGAUGCGCAUGAGCGGCCUCAAUGCUGUACAGGUAUACGUGCCCUGGAACUAUCAUGAGCCACAGCCAGGGGUUUACAACUUCCAAGGCAACCGGGAUCUGGUGGCGUUUCUGAAGGCAGCCUCCAGGGAGGACUUGCUGGUGAUUCUGAGGCCCGGCCCCUACAUUUGUGCAGAGUGGGAGAUGGGAGGUCUCCCAUCCUGGUUGCUUCGAAAACCUGACAUUGUCCUAAGGACUUCAGAUUCAGACUUUCUUGCUGCGGUGGACUCUUGGUUCCAUGUCUUGCUGCCCAUGCUGCAGCCAUGGCUCUACCAUAAUGGGGGCAAUAUCAUCAGUGUCCAGGUGGAAAAUGAAUAUGGCAGCUAUUUUAUCUGUGACUAUAACUACAUGAGACACCUGGCCGGGUUAUUCCGGGCACUGCUGGGGGAUGAGAUCUUCCUGUUUACCACAGAUGGGCCUGAAGGGCUCAGCUGUGGCACCCUACAGGGACUCUAUUCCACUGUGGACUUUGGCCCAGCUGACAACAUGACCAAGAUCUUUGCCAUGCAGCGGAAAUAUGAGCCCAAUGGGCCCCUGGUGAAUUCAGAGUACUACACAGGAUGGCUCGACUACUGGGGUGGGAAUCACUCGUCACAGGAUCUGGAGUCUAUGACCAGCAUACUACAGAGCAUGCUAGAGUUGGGAGCAAAUGUGAACAUGUACAUGUUCCAUGGAGGCACCAACUUUGGCUACUGGAAUGGGGCUGACUGGAAGAAAAUCUACCAACCAGUCACAACCAGUUAUGACUAUGAUGCACCUAUCUCCGAAGCUGGGGACCCUACACCCAAACUACUUGCCAUCCAAAAAGUCAUCAGCCAGUUCCAGGAACUUCCCUUGGGGCCCUUGCCCCUCCCUAGCCCUAAGAUGAAGUUUGGACCUGUGACCCUGAAGCUGGAUGGUGAUCUGCUGAACUUUCUAAAUGUCCUGUGUCCUUAUGAGCCCAUUCGCACUCAAUUACCCCUAACGUUUGAAGCUGUCAAGCAGGAUUAUGGCUUUGUACUGUACCGGACCUGGCUGCCUCAGAACUUUACAAAACCUACCCGACUCUGGGCACAGAACAAUAGUAUCCAUGACCGUGCCUAUGUAAUGCUGGAUGGGGUGUUUCAGGGCACUAUGGAACGAGACAAGGAAGAAGCAGCACUAUUUCUGACAGGGCAGGCCGGAUCCACAUUGGAUGUGCUGAUGGAGAACAUGGGGAGGAUCAGCUAUGGGGCCAACUUCAGUGACUUUAAGGGCCUGAUACAGCCUUUGGUCUUGGGGAAUGCUAUCCUCACUAAUUGGCAGCUCUUUCCUCUGAAUAUUGAUGCCCUUAUGGAGUCAGAGAAUAGGGCAUUUGAGACCCAAAAGUUGGAUUUGAAGCCUCCCUCUGGUCCUGCUUUCUACUCUGCAAUGUUCCAGCUCCCAGGUCCUGCCUGGGACACAUUUCUUUAUCUUCCAGGUUGGACCAAGGGCCAGGUCUGGAUCAAUGGGUUUAACCUGGGCCGUUACUGGACAAAACGGGGCCCACAACAAUCACUCUAUGUGCCAGGACCCCUGCUCUUGCCCGCGGGUGCCUCCAACAGCAUCAAACUGCUGGAGUUGGAGCAGGCACCUCCUAGGACUCAAAUCCAGUUUUUGGACAGACCGCUCCUCAAUGCCACUAUAUGCUAAAUAUACUGAUAAUGACCUCCAGCUGACUGCUCUAGGGGAGGGCCGCCGCACGCCCACCUUCAGGGAAGCCAGGUCCUAAGGAGUGAAUGAUUCUGUAGCUUUUCCUGAUUGCCUGGUUUGGCAGAGAGGCUGGCAAGGUACAAUUGAAAAAGUGUUUUCUUACCAAAUUUUAUUGCAUUAAAUUUCAGAGACGCUGUUUUCCUCCUCCUUCCA